AUGAUCGCCACUGAGCCUGUUCAAUCCUCCAAUUCGGCCACCCCUAUCACCCAAUUCCAUCCUGACAUCACCCGGGAAGCUUUGGAGGAAAAGGUUGUUCUCAUUGUGGGAGGUGCCAAUGGCAUCGGUGCCAGUCUCGUAGAGCUUUGCUGUGAGAACAACGCCUACCCUGUCUACUGGGACCCUUCUGGCCCCCCGAAGCCUCCGCGCUCCUCUUUCCAAGAGACUGAUAUCACGGACUACCAAUCGGUGCUUGAUCUCUUUGACUUCACAUUCAAGACCUACAAGCGCAUUAACCAUGUCGUUGUUACUGCUGGAAGUAUGGAACCAAAGGACAACUGGUUUGAUCAUGCCCUAAGCCUCCAGGCUGUGCGCGAGCCCCCAUCCACCAGAGACCUUGACGUCAACCUCACUGGGACCCUCUACGUCGUUCGUCUCGCUGGUGCCUACCUCCGCCAUAACCGUGGCCCUGGAGUAGACCGCUCCAUUACAUUAUUCUCUUGCGCCGCAGGUUUCAAGGAAACCCCCGGUGUGUCUGUUUACCAAGCAGCCAAGCACGGUGUGCAAGGCCUAAUGCGCUCCCUACGCCCCUACUUCAUCUCCCCUUACAAGCACAACCUCCGCAUCAACACCAUCUGCCCCUGGAUGACCCAAACUCACCCGGCUGUGGCCCAGGUGGCUGCUGGCGUGCUCGUGGACGACUCACUCAACGGCACCUCGAUGUACGUCGAGGGUGGCCGCGCCUGGGAGAUCGAGGCGAACCUUGAUCGUCUCGAGCCACAAUGGCUGGGGGAGGCUCCCGCGAGGACGCUGGCUCAGGGACAGAAGGUGUUGAAGGAUGCCUGGGCUGCAUGA